AUGGCUCCCUCUCGCAGCGCAUUGGACCGUGAGAGGCACCUUAGCAAACAUUAUAACCUCCGUUUGUCACCCUUGAAGUUGAAAUCUUUCUUACUCAGCUCCAGGCCAUUUUCUUGUACUGACAAUGACAACGAAUCAUUGCGGGUCGAGGUCAAGAUCACGCAUGAGGAGGUUGCUAAAGCCAAGGCGCGUUUAUCAGACUGCACCAAUGAAAGACUUCCCGAGCAUUUCCACAACCAUCUAGCACCGUUCACCACUGCCGAGGUCAAGGAGCUGUGCAAUGGCCCAGGCACUAUCAUCCCUGGUCGCUUUUAUAUCUGUCCCACCUGUCCAGCUUAUGUCAGGAAACCUCCAGUCGAAAUUCCUUUGCUCCAUGAAGUGGUCGACAAUAUUACUGGAGCACAUCGUGCUGACAUAGAGCGUACCGAGCGAAGAGUACCUGCAGAUCCAGCUGCACAGUGGGAGGGAAUGCCCAUCUUCCUGUCACCAUGUCGCUUCAAACCCACUGUACCCAAGUUUGGUGUGUCAAAAAUUUCUCCUGCAGAGUUUGUUGUUCUUCACUUUUCUGAUAGGAACCACUGCACAUGCCUCUGCGUCACUGUGUGUGAGGGAGACGUGGUGGUUUAUCAUUCCAUCCUUGCAAUCAACGACAAUAAUGAUAGUCCUGGAUUAAAGGUGGAAGACCUGGUGUUCUAUAUGACUGGGUGCCAGAAAUGUGCCAAUUACUACCACUCUUGGUCUAUUUGGGAAUCUCUGGAUAUACUGCAUACUGUGAAUUGCCAUCAACAUGUUGCAUUGUUCUACAUACUUCUUGUGAAAUCUGAUUCCCUCAUUGUCACUGGCACUGCGGGGAUUGUCCGCAACGUCAUCAAGGCAAAACAGUGA